AUGAGUGCAAGACAAGCUGCCCUGAAACUACAAAUCAACCUACGCACCGCCCAGAGAUGGGUAGCAAACGACCAGCAAGAUCCGCAAACCUACAUCGCAAGAAAAGGGGGUAGCGGAAGACCAGUUGGUAGAUCAGCACUGAUGGAUGAGCGUCAUAAAACUCAUUUGAUCAACUUAAUCGACGAAGAGCCUGCAUUAGUUUUGGAUCAAAUGAUGGAAAGAAGCUUGACAGCCUCGUUCAGUGACCUCAAGAUAUCGAAAACAGCUCUCUACAAUUUCGUUACCAACGAAUGCAAGAUUAGUCUGAAGAGAGCUCACUUUCAUUCUGUGGAUCGCAACAGCCCAGAAAAGAUCAAAGCACGAAAGGAGUGGGUAGAGAAAUGGAUGAACACCGAUAUGGACUACAUGAGCAAUUGCGUGUUCAUCGACGAGGCAGCAUUUCAUAUCAAUACGAAGCGAUCUGUUGCUUGGUCAAAGGUGGGAACUCGCGCCGUUGUCAAAGUGCCAAAGACUAGGGCAAAAACAACAACAAUCUUGAGUGCUACUUCUGCUUUUGGUGUUGUCAAUAUUAAAAGUAAAGGCACUGUUACAGGCCAUUACUUUAACUUUUUGAGCGACACCAUGGACGAAAUGGACAAGCAUCCUGAUAUUUUUAAGGACAACUACUUGAUCAUGGACAAUGCUCCAAUCCACAUGAAUGACGACAUUAAGCUUUUCAUAGAAAGUCGUGGUUAUAGGUGCGUCUACCUUCCUCCAUACUCUCCAGAGCUCAACCCCAUUGAGCAAUUCUGGUCUGUUUGUAAGAGCAAGCUUAAAAGAGAGAAGUUGUUGAAGGAAGAGACACUUACAUCUAGAAUCGGAGAUGCAUGCAAUCAAGUGCUUAUUAGCGAUCUUAAAGGAUUCUGUAAAUACUCUUGUGAUAGAUUCGAUGAUUGCUUGCAAGAGAAGCCUAUUUAG